UCAUGCACGUUCGCAAGUCGCGGGGCUCUGCGCGCAAAGUGUGAGGCAGAGGCGCUCGCGCACGCAGAGACGCGCGUGCCCGGGCGUGAGGGAAGGAGGGGCCUCAGCGCACAGGGAGCGGGCGACAACGUGCAAGGUGAGCGGCGGGGCCGUGCCUUCUCUGGCGGGUAGCCCAGCGUACCCGGAGCGCGCAACACGGUUCCGCCCCUGGAAACAACGCGCUGGCCCAGAAGAGGUUGCCCUGCACUGCUGUCCAGGCCUAGGAGUUUGAGCAGGCUCGCCUCCAGCCACCGGGAAGCUGAGGCCUGACCCCCGAGCCCAGUGCGCCCCGCCGCGGUAGGGAACAUCGUGUGCUUUGAAAUCACUGCGUUCACACUGUAAACUGUCGCUGCGAAGAUAGAGUGAAGGCAGUCAGCACCUGCACAGGGCUGGACCAGAGACUGAACCAAAGGGCUGCAGAGCUAUGGUUCUCUACGCGCGGAGUGGGAGGGCCCGAAGGAGAAACGGGAGGCCAAGGGGUCCCGCUGCACUAACGGGGUAGAUGCAGCCUGAGGGCGUGUGCUCAUCAGAGGUUGGCAGCAGGCAGGACAGGGCGAGGCAAGGGCAGUCCCCAUUCUCUGUGCACCCAAGUGAGCCCUUGCUCCCUGAGCCCAGAAUCUCCCAGCCCUGCCCUCCUCCAACCCCCCCUCCCUGCAGUCCUCCCAGGGACUGUCCCACAGCCCCUCUGCGAGUAACCGAGCAGAUCACUGUCAGUGGCUGUCCUCCAGCACUGAAGAAUCCUUUAUCUGCUCACAGGAGGCACUGUGACCCACCCCACUAUACCCAUAGGAAGGGCUCCUUCCAGCCACAGCUCCCAAGCAGCAGGCAAACAACACUCCCACCCCAAUGCUGGGUGGAAGAAGGUCCAGGCCCUGCAGCCCCAAAGGAGUCUCCCAGAGUAGUGAUAGGACUUGACUGGUAGGAGGGGGUAUCUGGCAAGGGUCCUGAGAACAAGGUGGGGCACUCCACCCUGGGGUGUCAAGCUCUGCAGCCUGGCUGGCCCAGGCUCUUCCUUCCAUGCUCAUUCACCCACAUGCCAUGCCUUAAGUGCAGCUUCUGGCCAGGCCUAUGGCUGUGCGGAGCCCGGUAGGAUGCAGGAGGCCAAUGGAGGAGGCUCCAGCAUGGAGAAGGACUGGACCUCCUUUCUCUGGGAAUGUGCCCACCCCCCAUCAUCCUGUCCUGGAGCCCCAGGGUCUCAGCUAGUUCUGCAAAACACUUGUUAAUCCUAAUUCUCCUCUCAGGCACCUUGGGCAAGGAACAGCAGGGUUUGUGGCCUUCUGUGCCUAGACCCAUGCCGGUCUGGUCCUCAUUGGAGGCUGCAGGGGUAGCAGACCAGGACAGCUUAGUCCUCCAACCCCACUGAACAGCCUAUUAACCACGCCUCCCCAUCAAGAAAGCCCUUCCCCCGAGGCCAAAGUCAACCUUGGAAGGGAACUGUGCUAUGGGAUACAGCUACUCACUCAUGAGCGAGCACCUGGCUGCAGAUUUAUCACCCACCUCCAGAUGGGACCCGAGAGUCUGAACUACUUUUAAAAAAUGAAGCUUGCCCUUGGCACUUUCACCCUAAGCAUCGCAGGUGCCGCAUGAACUCAGACAUUCUAAGGAUCAUCUACCUUGAGGUUAGUAGAUACCAUUGGUCCGACCAAUGCCAAUGAUAGGGUGCUUGGAGCCCAGGCACCUGGCCAGUCAGGUUGGGUCAACCUGGGGCUGAGCUGGAACCCAGGACCCCUGCUGCACAGGGCUGUGUACCAUGUGCACACUGGCAGCCUGGUGCCUGCCUUUCAUGGGAGGACACAAAACAGCCACCGGGCAGAAGGCUGCUUGGGCUUGCUAGGUGUGAUGGUUUCUACCCUGCUUCCACUCAGACCAGAGCAGGCCCUUGUAGGACAAGGACCAGCCUGGAGUGUGGGCGAAGCAGUGCACUGGCCUUGGAACCUGGAGUUAAGGGAGCUGGGGUGCACCCUGCUUCACCCUCCUCUCCUCACCUAUCCCUCCUGCAGCUGGAGCCCCACUCCUAGUGCAGGAGCUUAUUGGAGGCCUGAAUAAUUGUAAUUAUUUGUGAGCCUCUGAUUACGGUACAAUUUACAGAAUUAGCCCACUGGAUUAGCCGCUCAGGUAACAGUCAGGCAUCUGGGAAACCCAUGACUCAGCAGUCUUUGGAGUAAAUAAUUGAACCAACAGUCCAGCACACACAGUGCUCCAGGAGGUCAGCGCCAGACCCUCACUGUCCCUGCUGGGCUCAGAGAUCCACCCGGGAGCAGGCCCAGGCCCUCGAUAUCUAAGGUCUCAAGUCUGGAAGGCCCCCCCAGGUAAGACUCAUAUACUCGAACAACCCAGCCACAGCAGAGGCAGCUCACUGGGUGGCGCGGUGGAACAGAAACAGAUCUUACCAUUUCUCUGAGGGACAUUUGAGCACAGAGUGGGCAGCAUCUAAAGUCAGGAUCAGUGCCCCUGACUUGAGGGGUAAGCUUAAGGUGUCCAGGGACUUAUGUGGGAGGGGAUUAGGGAGAAGAGGUCAUGGUUCUCACAACACUUCUCAAACACUGGGCCCCCAGCAGGCUGGGACCACCAAUCUCCCAUCUCAAGGAAGCUUGGUGCCAGUGGGAAUGGGUAUAAACUAGGGGUCCUGCGCUGUGGCAACACACUAUUUGUUUAACCUUGCCACGAGGGAGGGGAAUUUUAAAAACAAGUACUUUGGAGCCUGAAACAGGACAAACCCAAGGCCACCUGUGUGGACAGUGUGGGCUCUGAGCACCGCCUCGCUGGCGCCACAAGCUGUCCAGGCCAGGCAAGGUCAGAAGUGCUGGGAUGGCUAGGCCACUGUUUGCACAGCAGCAUGUCUGGACCAUGGCACACUGUAUGUCUGAAAGGGCCUUCAGCACUUAGGGAAAGGGCCCGUCAUGUCUCAGGAGUCUCAUCUCUCCAUCUGGAGCAGGGCAAGGAGAGGGUAGGAUAGGCACAGAUCUGGGGUGGGGGAUCCACAUAACUAAACAGGAUGCAGAGGACGUGCCUUGCCACACCUAGAGCCUGAGGUGUUCACAGGAGAGUGGGCAAGGGUGUGGAUGAGCAAGGGGAUAAGGACACUGCUGUGGGCAUGUUGUGGACAGUAGGGACCAGCGCUGGGGAGGGGAAAGGGGCAGCUGGAGGUCAGGGCUGCACAGCAGCCUCUUUUACAUUCUCUGGCUUGAGCCCUGUGUGGGCUGUGGGGUCCCCCAGGCACCACUUUCAGGACUUCAGGGUGGAUUUCAAGUAGGAGCUACAGAGCCCAUGCCAGCACUGAGCCUGGACUGAACAUCUAUGCUGCUGCCAGCACCCCAACCCCCUACAUGCUAAGGUACAACAAUAACAUCUCCCCAGAGACCAGAUGCUAGCACUCAACACCCACCAUCCAUCCACAAGCGGCGGCAAGCCUGUGCCUGAGGUCAGUGGGGCAGGAAGCAGGAGCAUAUGCUGUUGCCUGGGACCAGGUCUGCACCCUGCUCCCAGGCUCUGAGUGGGCACAGAUCUGACCAUGCCUGCUUUUCCCUGCAGGCUGGUGGAGGCUAAGCACUACAGGAUGGAUGUAUCCCCUAACACCCCACAGCAGGGUGGGAGUCUGGUGCUGGUCCGCAGGCAGCCACCCAAGCCCCGAGGCCUGGUAGAGACACUGAAGGCCAGGUUGCAGCAGAGCUGCAGGUGCAGCAUGCCACAGGCCUGGGCACUAGUACAGGACCUGAUCCCUGUCACACACUGGCUGUGUCAGUACCGUCCCCGGGAAUACCUGGCAGGCGAUGUCAUGUCUGGACUGGUCAUCGGCAUCAUCCUGGUGCCACAGGCCAUUGCCUACUCUCUGCUGGCUGGACUGCAGCCCAUCUACAGCCUCUACACGUCCUUCUUUGCCAACCUCAUCUACUUUCUCCUGGGCACCUCGCACCAUGUGUCUGUGGGUAUCUUCAGCUUGCUGUGCCUCGUAGUGGGGCAGGUGGUGGACCGAGAGCUCCAGCUGGCAGGCUUUGACCCUUCCCAGGAUGGGCUGGGGUCCAGGGAAAAUGGCAGCAUCCUUAACAGUUCAGUGACCACGCUGGAGCCUGGACUGCAGGACUGUGGACGGGACUGCUAUGCCAUCCGUGUGGCCACUGCACUCACAUUGAUGACUGGGAUUUACCAGGUCCUCAUGGGCGUCCUCCAGCUGGGCUUCGUGUCUGCCUAUCUCUCACAGCCACUAUUGGAUGGCUUUGCCAUGGGGGCCUCGGUGACCAUCCUGACCUCACAGCUCAGACACAUGCUGGGUGUGCGGGUCCCCCGGCACCAGGGCCCUGGGAUGGUGGUCCGCACGUGGCUGAGUCUGCUGCAUGGCCUGGGGGAAGCCAACGUGUGUGAUGUAGUCACCAGUGGCGUGUGCUUGGUGGUGCUGCUGGCAGGCAAGGAGCUCUCAGACCGCUACCGGCGCCACCUGAGGGUACCGCUACCCACAGAGCUGCUGGUCAUCGUGGUGGCCACACUUGUUUCCCACUUUGGGCAACUCCACAGGCGUUUUGGUUCAAACGUGGCAGGCGACAUCCCCACCGGCUUUGUGCCCCCGCAAGCACCAGACCUGGAGCUGAUGCAGCAUGUGGCACUGGACGCUGUGUCCCUGGCUCUGGUGGGCUCAGCCUUCUCCAUCUCACUGGCCGAGAUGUUUGCCCGCAGCCAUGGCUACUCUGUCCGUGCCAACCAGGAGCUGCUGGCCGUGGGCUGCUGCAAUGUGCUGCCUGCCUUCUUCCACUGCUAUGUCACCGGCGCUGCCUUGUCCAAGAGUCUGGUGAAGACAGCCACUGGCUGCCGGACACAGGUGUCCAGCUUGGUCAGCGCAGCUGUAGUGCUAUUGGUGCUGCUGGUGCUGGCGCCACUGUUCCAGGACCUACAGCGCAGUGUGCUAGCCUGUGUCAUCGUGGCCAGCCUUCGGGGCGCCCUGCGCAAGGUCAGGGAUCUUCCACAGUUGUUUCGGCUGAGCCCAGCUGAUGCGCUGGUCUGGGCAGCCACCGCAGCCACCUGUGUGCUUGUCAGUGUGGAGGCCGGGCUGCUGACUGGGCUACUCCUCUCAUUGUUAAGCCUGGUGGGACGCACACAGCGCCCCAAGGCUGCCCUGCUUGCCCGCAUUGGGGACUCGGCCUUCUACGAGGAUGCCACAGAGUUUGAGGGCCUGGUGCCCCCAGCUGGGGUGCAGGUGUUCCGCUUUGCGGGACCACUCUGCUAUGCCAACAAGGCCUUCUUCCUUCGGUCACUCUAUAGCCUCACUGGGCUGGAUGUGGGGUGCUCAGCUGCCAGGAGGAAAGCACAGGGCUUGGAGCUGGGGGCAGCUGAGGGGGACCCUGUGGAGGGUAAGGACCCUGUGAGCAGUGGAGCCAGGCUGGUGCCCAUGGCAGCUGGGUUCCACACAGUGGUCAUUGACUGCGCCCCUCUACUGUUCCUGGACAUGGCUGGCAUAGCCAUGCUGCAAGACCUGCGCCGAGACUACAGGGCCCUGGGUGUCAACCUGUUACUGGCCUGUUGCAGCCCCUCGGUGAGAGACACCCUCCAGAAAGGGGGCUUUCUGGGAGAGGACCAGGGAAUGGAGGAUGAGCAGCUGUUUCCCAGUGUGCACAGCGCUGUGGAGGCUGCACAGGCCCGCUAUGGGGAGCUGGUGGCCACCAACUCUGUCCUCUAAAAGUGCUAUGGCCUGUACUCUGGGAGCCUGAGGCAGAUGUCUGGAGAUCACCGUCACUGAGCACCUUUCUGGGGGUGACUCCAGGGCCUGAGUCAUACCAGAGAUCCACUCUGGCUCUGGCCCUGGGAAUGGGGGGCAGCACUAGAAUACACAGAAGAACCUGGUGCUCAGUCACCCAAAACUCUGCCUCUGGACCAGUGCCCACAGUGUGCCUUGACCUGAACUUGGAAGGGCUAUGCCCUAUUGAACAUCAUAUUGCCACCAUAUCAGAACAGAGUCCUGCAAAUGUGGAGAGGGACACCCAGACCCUGUCCUACCGGGAAGGAGCUGGAAUUGUGACCAGGGUAUGAAGGUUUGUGUUUCUGGAGGCUACCUACACCUGAGUGAGCCUCAUACCUGGUGCUCAUACCUGCAGGCCAGGCACCAGUGGGUUCACUACCAGGACUGAGUUCAUGCCUAAGGCACGGUGUUCCUGCAUGGCUACACCACCUGCCCACAGUGUACACAAAGGACACAGUCUGACUCUCGUUCCCCAAGGUGACCUCUGGGGAGAUACCAAGAGCUGUCCUCAGCAUACCAGCCAGAAAGUCUCCCAACCCCUGUAGAUGCUCCAACAGGAAAUGAGGGCCCCUGGCCCUAUACUGGCUCCCAUUCCCAGCAUCACCUACCUGGCUGUGACAAGGUCCAGCAGCCAGUGUGUCCGGACCUGUUCGAUGCCACCGUGGGGUACAGCGCCCACAUAGGCGAGGUUGAGCUGCUGGUCCCAGCUGAGGUCAUACUGGUCAGCCCGGUCGUGUGGCAAUGGGGGGCUGGGAACAGACAGGGUGCCCUGCAUUGGUGCUGACCAGGGCUGGCAAACAGGUACCAGUGAACAAUAAACUGCUCCCAGGCCAGGAA